AUGCCUGCACAGAAGCGUCCACUGCCGGAGGAUUCAAACCCCGAGGAUGAUGAUCAAGAAGCAGGAAGAGGAGAAGAACGGGGAGAGUCUUCUCGACGCCCGUCGUCAUCGUCGCCACCGCACCAAAACGGCAACCACCACCAUCACGGCUCAUUUCCCAGGCAAUCUCGGGACGAUACUAUGCCAGCCCGAAGUCAGCUGAAACCGGGCGAGGAGGUGGAAGACGACGGGGACGAAGACGAAGAUGAUUCGGAGGAGGGAGACGAGAAGCAACGGGCGGCGGGAGAGGAGGAAGAUGACGACGACGACGAAGAGGAGGAAUACGAAGAAGAAGAGGAGGAAGAGAAACGCCGCCGCGACGCUGGAGGAGAUUCUGAGUCUACUCAGUCAUCCAGUUCCGAGGAGGAGGAGGAGGAGGAGGAGGAAGAAGAAGAGGAAGGGGAUAAGCCUGAGUUUGUCUUUGUUGAACUACCAGAAAUUCGUAAAGAUGUGCAAUGCCCUAUAUGCCUAGGGAUCAUAAAGAAAACAAGAACCGUCAUGGAGUGCUUACAUCGCUUUUGCAGGGAAUGCAUUGACAAAUCAAUGCGAUUCGGGAACAAAGAGUGCCCGGCUUGUCGUACCCAUUGUGCAAGUCGGCGUUCUUUGAGAGAUGAUCCUAAUUAUGAUGCUUUAAUUGCAGCUUUAUAUCCUGAUAUUGAUAAGUAUGAGGAAAAGGAAUUGGCUUUCCAUGAAGAGGAAAGGACUCGGAACAAGCAGAUACAAGCAUCUAUAGCCCAAAUAUUUCAAAGGCAGUCAGAAGCAUUGGCGAGGAGACGGAACAUUGGAAAAGAAUCACCUGCACAAUUUUUUGCCAGAUCACAGAGGAACCUUCGAACUACUCAAUCAAGGAGACAGAGAAACAGAAGAAGUAUGGAUUAUCAAGGAUCUGAAGAUAUGGAGGAAGAAAAUAACGAGGACACUGUAAACGGCAAGGAUUCGUCCUCUGCUGAUGAACGAUCUCCAGAAGUUAGGCCGAGAAGACGAAGGAGACGACCAGGGCUGAGGACCUCUCAUCCACCUUCUUCAUCAGGAGUGAACUCUGAAGGAGUUGCUGCUGACAAUAAUGAUCAAGAAACUAGCAGAGAACACCAGGGAAUGUCUCUCGUGCUCCCAUUUAUUAAUACUGAAAUGCUUAAUUGGGGGAGGGGCGGCACGAGGAGCAACACCCGGCAUGGCGCUGCUAGUAGCAGCAAUAAUAGGCACAUGCGAAACAGUCGCAUAUCAAAUCUGAUGGAGCAUCUUAAAAAUACAUCAGUUGAGGAAAAAACUGGGGACGAGUCGGAUUUGAAUCUGAUAGUACUUCCCCUGGAGAAAGAAUCCGCACCAAGUUUGGAACAGCCUUAUUUUCGCUGCCGAUCUACCUCGUCUAUUGGACAAAUCCGGGAGUUCAUUGCUCAGAAAUUGUCACUGACUGCUGAAGAAGUCGAUCUCUAUUUGGUGGCUGAGUUCUAUGGCAUGCUUCCCACCCUUGAAACUCCAUCUUCCAAGGAUGGCCUGCAGGUAUUGGUAAACAACGAGGAAACAUUAGCAAUGCUAACAAGAGGCCAUGCUGACUUUCCCACGAGCUACCUUCCCAGAAGUUAUUUGAUGAUAGCAUUCAACAAGAAGCUGAAGGUUGAGCGGGAAGCUGCUGCUAGUGGAGGACGAAUGGAGGCUGAGGCGGCUUCUGGCGCCAAGGAGGAAGUAAAGGAGGAGCAAUAA